UCUGUGGUUAUACUAAUGUGUUGUUGUCAAAAUUUUCAGGACUGUGGUUGGAAAGGAUGGGGUGAGAUAUCUUAUGGAGGAUAUGAAUGUGUUAAACGUGCAAAGGCUGCAGAAUUCCUGGUUAGAUCAUGGUUGGAAGAAAUAUUGCCUGGCAUCAACAGUUCUGUAUUUUCUUAUAUAAUUGGUGUCGAUAGUCUGAAAGCAACUAGCAUUGGUGAUGACGCUUCAUCUUCAGCCGCUAGUAAUGAUGUAAGGUUGCGUAUGGAUGGAUUAUUUGAGCUCAAAGAACAUGAAGUCCAAUUUACUAGAGACGUUACAACAUUAUAUACCAAUGGACCAGCUGGUGGUGGUGGUAUCAGUGUUGGACACAAGAGAGAGGUCAUUCUUGAAAAACAACUGCUCAAUCGUGAACAUGUUGCUUGGAAGACAUCCAUAAAGCACACUGUAACAAAAUCAAAUCUGUCAAGAAUUAGCCAUGAAAACCUCAUUAAAACUCCAGUUUCUCAAGGAUCAGUAGAAGAUGUUUCAUUUUCUGAAAGUGACAUCUCUCCUGCGCACUGUAACUUGUGGGAUGAUUUUAAUUGGCUUUUACAUUUGCAAGUGGAGAGCAUUUUAUGGUUCUAGUAUUGUCAUCAUGCCAAUGCAAAAUCAUUUGAGGCCUUGGACGAUAUGAAG